AUGUUAAUUGGUCCUAAACAGUUCAGGACAGUCCUGGGACUGGCAUUAAAUGCUGACAAUAAAACUGGUAGCAUAUAUAUAAUUGGUAUGGCAACACCAGUACAUGAGGCUGUUGUUCAUCAGCUUCAAAACUUUUUCAAAGAUCCUAACAGAGGAGUUGUUGAUGACCCUCCCAUAGUAGUAUUAGGACAGCCUCAUAAGGGAAUUUAUUCUAUUCACUUUAAACCUAAUGGAAGUAGGAUUGAAAUAGCUCCUGAUGUUGCCAUAUAUCCAGACACAGCAUUUGUUCCAAGACCUGUUAAUUCAAUCAUAGUACCUCAUCCUCCCAGUGAUGUAGAUUGA